AUUCCUUUCUCAUCAACCAUCUCUUUAAUGUCUUUCAUUACCACCUGAUCCCUCUUUUAUAUCCAUCUCUCCCAACAUACACAAACAAAAUCCACACAAAAAUAAACAGAAAAAGGGAUCAUGGAUAGUGUUUGUUCAGAACAAGAACACAAGUUUCAGUCCGCUCACCAACUGUACCUCGCCAACAAGAAAUCCUUCCGGGAUCUCGACAUCCCACCUCGCAAGCUUCUCAGUCGUCGACUUGUAGCUUUAUCUUCUGAACAAUCCAUGGAUAUUUACAAUCAACUCCAACACCAACAAAAUGACUCCCCUAGAGUCCUUUCUGAGGAAACCCUACUCCAGAAAUUCCUCCCUUCCAAUUCUGGUCAAGAUGAUGAUUCUGAUCCCUAUUCUUCUGAAGAAUUUCGGAUGUACGAGUUCAAGAUUCGGAAGUGUACUCGUAGCAGAUCGCAUGACUGGACUGACUGCCCCUUCGCUCACCCUGGUGAAAAGGCUCGCCGGAGGUGUCCCCGUCGGUUCAAUUAUUCUGGUAUUGUUUGUGCGGAUUUUCGCCGGGGAAGUUGUGGCCGAGGAGACAGCUGUGAGUUUGCUCAUGGGGUUUUUGAGUGUUGGCUUCAUCCUUCUCGCUAUCGUACUGAAGCCUGCAAAGACGGCAAGAAUUGUCAGCGGAAGAUCUGCUUUUUUGCACACACUCCUAAACAGCUCCGAUCGCUGCCGGUUGAGACGGUUGACUCGCCGAAAAAGCAUGGAAACUCCGGCCAUUGUGUUCACUGUCGCUGUCAUCCAGGUACCCAUCACUCAAAUUCCCCAACCUCGAUUCUCGAUCUAGACAAACUGUCUCCACCCUCUUCGCCCCCAUUCUCUACGGCGCUGCCGGGAGUUGGGUUUUCUCCGGUGUCCCGUUUUUCUGACAGGUUAAGCCGCACGGAGUCAUCUGGAAUGGCUCAACUCGGAAACUACAGAGAUUCCAUGAACGAACUCAUAGCUUCUCAGUCGAUAAAUGAGCUCAUGCACUCCAUGAAGGCUAUGAAUAUGAAUGCAAUUGAUCAAGCUCAGAAUACAAACCCGAUGUGGAUGGAUUCUUUCGCUGGUUGUGAUGAUCAACAGUCAUUUUUUGUUUUCUCUCCUUCGACAUUGUCGCCGUGUGCAUCCGGGUCACGUCGUGCUUUUCCCAGAGAAUGCAAUCUGGGCAUGAACAACCUCAAUGAAGAGAGGUCCACUGGUGGUCCGGAUCUUAACUGGGUGAAUGAUCUUCUCACCUAGAUCGAUGAUGGAAGGAGCAGAAGGAGAUGUACAGUUAUCAAGAAGAAGAAUGUUUACUGGGAUUGCUAUUAUUAUUAUUAUUAUUACUAUCAUUAUUAUUAUUAUUAUUAUUAUUAUUAUUAGAUUGUGAAACUUCAAUGAUCCUUUUGAAGUGUUUAAAUUCUAUGAGGUCGUGUGUUUAAAUGUGUCUAGAUAGCUUGUAAUGUUUUGGUAAGACACAGGGAGAUGAUAAAUGUAAGAAAUGGUAAAUACCUGUGAAUGAGUAAUUUCGUUUUCUCUUGUAA